AGCUUCCAGGACACCGAGCAUCUAAACUGAGCACUGCUUGAAAAGGGAGCAUGAAGAAGUGUGCAAAAUGGGCAAGAGUUACAAUCUCACCACCUUUGCAAAGUUCUGAGGCUUUUUUCCAGUGACAAGGCAGGCUGUGCUCUUCCUUAAAGAGUGCUCCCCUUGUAACACCUGACACCUGCUGGCUGUUGCUUUUGCCUUUAUCAGGCACCAACUGACAAGGUGAACCCCCUCUGCUAGUGCCUGGAAAGGGCUCUUGAAUUCACCUGUACCAACACAGCAGAGUGUUCAGUCACUUCCUUCAGCUGAGUAAUGAUGAAAGCCAACAAUGCGAAAGGUUAAAAGGUGACUGCUGUGGUGCAUUUUACUAAGAGAACUCCUUAAGCAAGGAAUUAAAAUAGACAAUAUCUUCCACUAUCACCUACCAGGAGCUGGGCAUUUUACCUUUUCUCCACAGACUAACUUGCCCCCACUAUACACUUUAAAAGCCUCUCUGGCCCUAGUUCCCACAGUCCCAGCCACUGCCCAGUUCAGUUGCUUCCCCACACAAAACGUGCAUGACUGCAAGUAAUAAAUACCAAACCCAACAAACAUUAACCUUUAUUAUUAGUGACUAAUGACAAUAGAGCUAUAUUUAUACAUUGUGCCAUUGCCAUUUCCCAAAUUAAAGUUGAAAAUUAAUUUUUACCGUUUAAUCGGCAAAUAGCUACACUGUUUAUACGCCAGCACACAGUGUUUGCUUCUGCACCCCCUUGGAAUUUGAACUUCUCGACCUCUUCAUCUCUGUAUAUGAGGGGCAAGGAGUAUUCUCCCAUGGCUGUAAAAUGCCAUUUCUCUUGUCCUUGAAGAAUAUAACAGUAGAAUCCCUGAACUCAGUGUUUACUUUUGCCUUAAGCAGCCAAGGAAAAGAAGGACUGCCAGCAAAGUUACAAAUCCUUUAACGAGCUUAUGGCAUCCGAGGAAGAUUAACCCCUAAAACGAGACAAUAAGCGAGAUACUUUUCCAUUUUCAUAAGGAAACACAGGCAAAGUCAGGUCAAGUCACUGGCAGAGACAUCUACCAAACACAUGAAAACAAACAGGCAUUCCAGGCUAACAACCUGGUUGCUGGGUGAAAAGCUCCAGCAACAUAUUUUCAAUGUUGCCUUUACUGCAUCUGAAGAAACCAAGUACAGAUGGGAUGCAGAAAGAAAACGCACCUGAAACCAUCCCGAGACCCCUAGAGAUGACACCCUCCAGCACCUUUUCACCGAAGCUGCACGAGGCUUCUGUCCCCUUUAGGUGGUCUGAGAAUUCCAGGGUGAUGCUGUGAAAGGCGUCAAUUCUGUUUUGAAGGACAAAGACCCACAAGGAUUUCCUCCCCCUCCUCCCCCCUCUUCAGACUGGUUAUUUCAAGAGUCUCGGCAGCACUUCACAUAAAACACAGGGCUGAGAACUCUUCAUUUCAAAACCACCGGCAACAGAGAACAUGCAAAUACAUUACACACCUGCUUCCAAAGAAGGCAUCUGCAGUGAUGGAUAUGGAAGAAUUAGCUUGUUUAAUCCUACACCAUAAUUACUGUAUUCUGAAGUCCUCGCUGAAGAAGUCAAACAAGUUGAUAUCCAGCUUUUCACAGGCUAACUUUAAUUCCCUUUAUCCUAAAAAAAGAACUUUUCUUCAACCAUGGCUCAAAUAGUAAUUUUGGAACAAGAAGUUAGCUACAGAAGAGCUUCCCUGGAAGCUUAAUCCUAUCUCUGUGAUGACUGAACAAGAAAAACAAAGAUAGGAAAAUGUAAUACAGUGAGCAAAAGAGAGUUUGGCUUUCUUUUCAGUAUUGGCAUUGCUUUGCCAUCUCAAGUCUCGGAGAAUUCACAGCACAGGACUGGCUCAACCAGCACAAAACAGUCGACAGAGCAAUGCCAGCCUGUGUUUUCUGCAGAGUCUGGUUUUAGUCGCAGAUUUACACCAACAUUACAAAGGCAGAAUUCCUGAUGAUCUAGCCUGCAUGCUUAAACAAAAGGGCAAGGAAAGACCAACGAAACCAAACCGCAGUGUCAGAUUGCACCAGACUGUAGGGUUUUUGAUACUCAAGUCCAACAGUUUGGUCUUCCUCCCAGUACUACUAUUGCUCAUGAGGCAUUAUCUCAGCAAGAUACAAAUCUUAUCAACAGUGACCGAUACCGGUAAAAGCUGAAAGAUUUAACAGAGAUGUUCCUUGAACAAAGUCGACUGCAGUUAGGCUGAUCGCGACUGACUGGUUUUGAUGUGGCAGAGGACUGGAGCUGUACAACUGCAUGGCAAAAAGCAGUGAAAGGAAACACCAUUAACGGGUUUUCUGCAAGUAUUUUAGGGAUGCUUAGCCAGGAAAAGAAGCUGCCUUUUCCCAGCAUUCUGGCAGCCCUACCUUUUGGCUGGAGAUAGACCUCUAUGAAAAGGGAAUGGAAUUUUUCACUAAAGCAGGACUUUUCAGCAUUUCGAAGAAACGCAUCUGAACUGCAAGCGAAAGAAACGUAAGCUUGGCUACUCAGCUGCCUCCAGCUUCAUACGAAAUGAAGGAAAAAGUUCUGCUACACCUUGCCAAGAUAGAAGCAUCAGCUGCUUUGACAGGAUGCACCAAAUAUCUAAUCAGGUGUUUUUAGUGCACCGAUGCUAUGACAAGUCGCCUUCCCGAAGUCUUUCUAAAUUAGAAAUAGACAUGGAACUGUCUUGCAGCCCAGCAGGCUGGUGAAGCUAGCAGAAGAGCGAGCAUUACACUGUACAAAGACUCCUGGACCAGAUUAACACCAAACCAGUAAACAAACAAAAAAAUCAGUAAGAAAAUGGUCAGAAGACAUUCAGUCGGAGAAGGCUGGUGACUGAGGCAAAGAGCUGUUAAUUAGACAAUUACAGCAGACAGCACUGGGAUCAGCAGAUACUUGCAUCUCCAAGGAACUGAGAGGAGGCCCAAUUGAAUGAAGAUCAGAAAGAAACUGCCCAGAUAAGAAAAACGCUUUUAGGAGAACGAUUAAAUCUGUCUGGACCUCUGGAGGAAUUCAAAGCAGGGACUAGCUAUAAAACCUAGACUGCUCCAAGAAGGACAUCCUCUCAACUGAAUGUAGCUUCAGACAGAAGACAUCCAGACCUCCACUGCCAGGGAUUGCCACAAGUAAGCCAAAUGGGUGAAGAAAGCUUGAGGAACAGAAAAGGAGAGGAUGAUGGAAAAGAUGAGAGACAAUCCAUUCAGAGCCAUGAACCCCAAGUCACAAACCUACAAAAGCAGGUGGGCCUCAUCAGUGGAAUCUGCAUGAUCGUUGGUACAAUUAUUGGCUCAGGUAUCUUUGUUUCUCCAAAAUCAGUACUUGCCAAUGCUGGAGCUGUGGGACCUUGUUUAACCAUCUGGGCAGCUUGUGGCAUCCUUGCAACAUUAGGUGCACUUUGUUUUGCUGAGCUUGGCACAACGAUCACCAAAUCCGGGGGAGAAUAUCCUUACCUCAUGGAGGCAUUUGGCCCAAUUCCAGCAUUUUUGUUUUCUUGGACGAGCUUACUUGUCACAAAACCCACUUCCUUCGCCAUCAUUUGUCUCAGCUUUGCAGAAUAUGCAUCAGCUCCUUUCUAUCCGGGUUGUGAUCCACCCCAGGUUGUCAUCAAGUGUCUUGCAGUGGCUGCCAUUGUGGUGAUUACAAUAGUGAAUUCGCUGAGUGUCAAGCUGGCAAGCUAUCUCCAGAAUUUUCUCACAGCUGCUAAAAUGAUCAUUGUCACAAUCAUUAUUGUAAGUGGAAUCGUUCUCCUUGCACAAGGAAAGACUGACAACUUCAAAGAUUCUUUCAAGGACAGUAAAGUUUCUGUGAGCUCGCUCAGUCUGGCAUUGUAUAACGGACUAUGGGCAUACGACGGAUGGAACCAGCUCAACUACAUCACAGAAGAACUUAAAAACCCUUACAGAAAUCUCCCACUAUCUAUAAUCAUUGGAAUCCCCUUGGUUACAGUUUGUUACGUUCUGAUAAACGUUUCAUACUUCACCGUAAUGACUUCAACAGAGCUCCUGCAGUCCAAGGCGGUUGCUGUGACAUUUGGAGAUAGAGUCCUUUACCCAGCCUCUUGGAUCGUUCCUCUCUUCGUGGCCUUUUCUACAAUUGGAUCUGCUAACGGGACCUGUUUUACUGCAGGCAGACUUGUUUACGUUGCAGGUCGUGAGGGGCACAUGCUGAAGGUGCUCUCUUACAUCAGUGUUAACCGUUUAACGCCAGCGCCCGCCAUCAUCUUUUAUGGGGCCAUUGCCAUUAUUUACAUCAUUCCUGGUGACAUUAACACACUCAUAAAUUACUUCAGUUUUGCAGUUUGGAUAUUUUACGGUUUUACUGUUCUUGGGCUCAUUGUUAUGAGGUUUACAAGAAAGGAACUCAGGAGACCAAUAAGGGUCCCCAUUGUGAUUCCAGUUGCAGUGACGUUAGUCUCCAUUCUGCUGGUGCUGGCACCUAUCGUCAGUGCACCUGAACUGCCCUAUUUGUACUGUUGUUUAUUUAUACUUAGUGGACUUGUAGUUUAUCUACUGUUUGUUCACUUCAAAUUCGACUGGCCCCGGAAAAUAUCAAAGCCCAUCACUAUGCAUCUUCAGAUGCUUUUGGAAGUUGUUCCAGCAGAGGAAGCUACUGAAUGAAGGCUUUUUUAUGUAGCAGGUACUUGAAGUGCUACACUGAUGGAAGGAGAGUCAGUUUAGUUUGGCACACAUUGAUACCUUUUAAAUUGUUAUGCUCAUACUGGUGUAUUAUUUUUGCACCACUUUAAUACUUGAAAAAUGCUAAAUUUGUUGGAAUAAAGUAUUUGAACCAGA